AUGCGCAGCCUCAGCGCGGUGCUGUCCCGCCGCUGGGACCGGGCCCCGGCACCCCGCACCGGCCGCACGCAGGGCAGCGCUGCCGCUCCCCAGAGCUGGAUCCUCGACCCCUCCGGGGACUGGUACUACUGGUGGCUCAGCGCCAUGGUCCUGCCCAUCAUGUACAACUGGAUCGUCAUCAUCUGCAGGUCCUGCUUCGCCGACCUCCAGGAGCAGCACGUGGUGCUGUGGCUGAGCCUGGACUGCCUGAGCGACGCACUCUACCUGCUGGACAUCGCCGUGCACCUCCACACCGGCUUCCUGGAGGAGGGCAUCCUGGUGCAGGACCGGGCGCAGAUCCGGCGGCGCUACCUGCGCUCUGCCUGCUUCCCCUGGGACGUGGCCUCGGUGCUGCCCACCGACCUGCUCUACCUGCACCUGGGGCCGGCCGUGCCGGCCGUGCGAGCCAACCGCUGCCUGCGCGCCCCGCGGCUCUUCGAAGCCUUUGACCGCCGGGAGACACGCACUGCCCACCCCUAUGCCUUCCGCAUCGCCAAGCUGAUGCUCUACGUCUUCGUCACCAUCCACUGGAACGGCUGCCUCUACUUUGCCCUCUCCACCCACCUGGGGCUGGGUGCCGACGACUGGGUCUAUCCCAACGCCAGCCGCCCCGGCUUCGCCCGCCCGCUGCGGCAGUACCUGCAUAGCUUCUACAUCUCCACCCUCAUCCUCACCACCGUGGGUGACACGCCGGAGCCCCAGCGCGAGGAGGAGUUCCUCUUCAUGACCGCCGGCUUCCUGCUGGCCGUGCUGGGCUUCGCCACCAUCAUGGGCAGCAUGAGCUCCGUCAUCGCCAACAUGAACGCAGCCGAUGCCGCCUUCUACCCCGACCAUGGCCCGGUGCAGGAGUACCUGCAGGCACAUGGUGUUGGGGGGCGGCUGGCGCGGCGGGUGGCUGGCUGGCACCAGCACCUGCGGGCGCACAGGAAGCUGGUGGGGGAGCGGGCCGUGCUCCGGCACCUGCCCAGCCGGCUGCGGGCUGAGGUGGCUGCCAGCGUGCACCUGCCAGCCCUGCGCAAGGUGUCCCUCUUCCAGAGCUGCGAGCGCGGUGUGCUGGAGGCACUGGUGCUCAAGCUGCGGCCCCAGGUCUUCAGCCCCGGCGAGUUCGUGUGCCGCACCGGCGACGUGGGGCGUGAGAUGUAUUUCAUCCGCGAGGGGCGUCUGGCUGUGGUGGCGGCCGACGGCGUCACACGGCUCGCCAUCCUGGGCGAGGGGCUCUACUUCGGGGAGAUCAGCCUCAUCAACAUCCGAGGGAACAGGUCGGGAAACCGUCGCACCGCCAACAUCCAGAGCAUCGGCUACUCAGACCUCUUCUGCCUCUCCAAGGAGGACCUGACAGAGGUGCUGGCCGAGUUCCCCAGCGCCCGCGCCCUGAUGGAGGCCAAGGGCCGCGAGAUCCUGCUGCGCAUGGAGAAGCUGGAUGUGCAUGCUGAGGCGGCGGCGGCGGCAGCGGCGGAGGAGGCUGAGCACCGAGUGCAGGCGCUGGAGGUGGCCCUGGAGGAGCUGCAGACACGGGUGGCCCGGCUGCUGGCCCAGCUGGAGUCCAGCGCCUUCAAGCUGGCACUGCGCAUCGGGCGCCUUGAGAGCAGGGCCCAGCAGCGGCGCCUGGCCAGGGGACGGGCUCCAGCCAGGGACCAGGCGCCUGCCAGGCUGCAGGGACCUGAUGGGGGAUGGGGUCCUGAUGGGGGACAGCGUCCUGAUGGAGGACAGGAUCCCACUGGGGCACAGGGUCCCACUGGUGUGCAGGGUCGUAUGGGGGUGCAGGGUCCCACAAGGGUGCAGGGUCCCAAUGGUGUACGGGGUCCCACUGGUGUACGGGGUCCCAUGAGGGCACAGGGUCCCACCAGGGUGCAGGGUCCCAAUGGUGUACGGGCUCCCUCUGGUGUACGGGGUCCCACCAGGGUGCGGGUUUCCAUGGGGAUGUGGGGUCCCACUGGGGUACAGGGUCCCAUGGGGGCACAGGGUCCCACCAGGGUACAGAAUCCCACUGGUGUACAGGGCCCCACUGGUGUACAGGGUAGUGGGACAGGUGUACAGGGGCGCACGGGGGUGCAGGGCCCCACUGGUGUACAGGGACCCACCAGGGGCCAGGGUCCCAUGGGGGUGCGGGGCACAAGACGCAGAGGCCCCCGGCACUGA